AUGCGAGAAGCAGCAACAGAUCGGGCCACGCCGAUCGGCAGCGGUUGGCCCCAACACUGGCAUCUAUUGGCCCUACUUGUGCUCAAUUUGGGCCAAAUGGCUCAAACCAAGGCCCCUCCCAACAUUGUCUUCUUCUUGGUUGACGACCUGGGCCACUACAACGCUGCCGCCGUGUGCCUCACUAGAGAAGGCAUCAUUUUGAAUCGACAUUACGUUUACAAAUUCUGCUCCCCUACCCGAUCAUCUUUUAUGAGUGGACGUUUGCCCGUCCACGUCAACAUUCAAGUCCGUCUGGCUCUUUUCUUUUUUUUUUCUCGCAAGUGUGUGGCUGCGGCUGUGCCAGCCGACCUCACGCCUGCCUUCACACAGAACAACCCUUCUAGCAAGAACGGCGGCGUAGAUCUCCGCAUGACCACCAUUGCCGAAAAGCUCAAACAAGCAGGCUUGGCUCAACCCACCCUCUCAUGUCCAACAUGUGUUGGAAACCGCGUCUCAAGGUAUCGAACCCACACCUCUGGAAAGUGGCACGUGAAGGACUUGCAAGAACUCGUUGUCCAGCGGCAAGCUCAAGAGGACAAACAUUUUAAACGCCUGGAGACGCGCCUGAGUUUGGUGGAGCAAAGGCUCGAGAAAUCGGAAGGGCCUGCCAUGCGGAGCGAAGAUCGGUCUGCAAGUGAGCUGCAAGAUUUGUCGGCAGAGCUGGUCCAGCUGGAGGAAGACGUCGGCCGGUGUCCUGAAGGACAAAGUCAUGAGGCUCUCAAGGCUGAGACCGAGAGCAUCAAGCAAAGCAUUGAGGAGCUGCGAGCUGCCAAGGAGCAAAAGGACAAGGAGAAUGCACUCAAGGCCGAGGAGCUGCGAGCUGCCAUGAAGCAGAAGGACGAGGAGCUGCGAGCUGCCAUGAAGCAGAAGGACGAGGAGAUGCAAAGAAGCUUUGAUCAAUUUGCGCUCGCGGCCCACAAUCAUAUGUUGGCCAGUUGCCUCAGCGACUGGCUGCUUUCAAGGUUGCAUGCCGACCAAAUUCCGUGGACUGGCCAUCCGCCGCGGGUCAUCGACCUCAGCAAUUUUCUCAACAUUGCGUUGGGCUACGGCGACGUACCGCGCCCAUCAUUUGAGUAUAUAGAGUGGUGUUUCACGCAGGCUCCCCUUGAAGCUCAAUGGCAGAUGCUCCAAGCCUACAGGGAAUGUUGCAACAAGCUGAGAGCAAAGCACGUGUCGCCUGAUCAAUUUUUUGCUGCCGUGGAGCAACAACUUAGAAUGUGA